GAAGCCAGACCAUUCUCGGCCACCCCAACCUGCCAGAAUCUGCCUGCUGCUGGCGCCAGAGCCGAGACACCCCGCCUGGAAAUGAAGGUCGCCUCCUUAGCCCUUGUAACACUGCUCCUUGCGGCUCUCUGGAUGGAAGCCCACUCGUUCAGCUUUGAUAGGAAACGCAACACAUGCUGUUAUGCAAGCAAUUUUGUCCGAAAACCGAUCUCCCCGCAACUGAUCCAGAGUGACAGACCCACAGAUCGGAGAUGCUCCCGCCAGGCCGUGAUCGUGGUGCUGCAGAGGGGGACGGAAGUCUGUGUCGAUCCCAGUGCGGAAUGGUUCAAGACGUACAAAGAAAACCAGAAAAACUCCUUAAAGAAACUUGGCCUCUGGGUCUGAGACAGCAGCAGCUGGACACGAUCUCAGUUUCACAUGCUACAUUAUUUAUAUGCACUGACGUACCAGUGUACGGUUUUGCUAAUUUAUUUUUCUAGCCCUGUUAAUUUAUGUGAAAAAACCCCUUCCAUUCCCUUCAUCCCUUCUGUGUCCUUCCCCCCCUCCA